AUGCCGCCUCCACCCCAUAUCAAGCCGGAAAAUGUCCUGAAGAGGGCCCAGGAACUUAUCGCCGUGGGCCAGGCUCCGGCCGCCCUCAACGUCCUCCACGAGCAUGCUACCUCCAAGAGGACGCGCAGCAGCCCUAUCGCUUCCCUCGAACCGGUUUUGCUCCUCUUUGUUGAGCUGUGUGUCGAUCUCCGCAAGGGAAAGGCCGCCAAAGAUGGUCUCUAUCAGUACAAGAAUAUUGCCCAAAAUACUAACGUGGGAACUAUUGAGAUCGUCCUGAAGAAGUUCAUCGAACUCGCUGAAAAGAAGGUCACCGAGGCCCAAGCCAAGGCUGAUGAGAUCCAAUCCUCCCUCGAGUCUGCUGCCCCAUCUUCCAGUGUCGAUGACUUGGAGGCAAUCGAGACUCCUGAAACCAUCCUCCUGGCUACUGUUUCUGGCGAACAAUCCCGCGAUCGUACCGACCGAGCUGUCGUCACUCCAUGGCUCAAGUUCCUGUGGGAAACCUACCGCACCGUUCUCGAAAUCCUCAAGAACAAUGCUCGCCUCGAGGUUAUGUACCAGACUACCGCUCUGCAGGCCUUCAACUUCUGCUUGAAAUACACCCGCAAGACGGAGUUCCGCAGACUUUGCGAACUGCUCCGCAACCAUGUGCAGAACGCCGCCAAGUACUCUACGCAGAUGCACGCCAUCAACCUGAGCGACCCAGAUACCCUUCAGCGUCAUCUGGACACCCGCUUCCAACAGUUGAACGUCGCUGUCGAACUUGAGCUCUGGCAGGAGGCCUUCCGCAGUAUCGAGGAUAUCCAUACUCUCCUCAGCCUGAGCAAGCGUCCCGCUAAGAACGUUAUGAUGGCCAACUACUACGAGAAGCUGGCCCGUAUCUUCCUUGUCAGCGAGAACUACCUUUUCCACGCUGCUGCCUGGAGCCGCUACUACAACCUCCUCCGCCAGUCUGCUGUCACCCUUGCUGCCAACCAGGGCACUAAGAAGGACCACCCUUCGGUUUCCGAGGCCGAUAUGACCAAGGCCGCUUCCUUCGUCCUUCUGUCUGCUCUUUCCAUCCCCGUUAUCAGCACUUCUCGCUCCCGUGGUGCUCUAGUGGAUGUUGACGAGGUUCGCAAGAACAAGAACACCCGCCUUACCAACCUGCUUGGUAUGGCUCAGUCCCCUACUCGUUCCGUUCUUUUCAAAGAUGCCUUGAACAAGGGUCUGCUCAAGCGUGCCCGUCCAGAGAUCCGCGAACUGUACAACAUCCUGGAAGUUGACUUCCACCCUCUGUCUAUCUGCAAGAAGAUCACCCCUAUUCUCAAGCAGAUCGGUGCCGACCCCGAGAUGGAGAAAUAUGUUGUUCCCCUGCAGCAGGUCAUUCUCACCCGUCUCUUCCAGCAGCUCUCGCAGGUCUACGAGUCCGUCGAGCUCAAGUUCGUCUACGAACUCGCCCAGUUCCCCGAUCCCUUCCAGAUCACCCCCUCCAUGAUCGAGAAGUUCAUCAUGAACGGCUGCAAGAAGGGCGACCUUGCCAUUCGUGUUGACCACAUUUCCGGCGUCCUCACUUUCGAUACUGAUGUCUUUUCCUCUGCCAAGGCUCUGCACUCUGGAAGCGCCGCUGGAUCUGCCGAGAGCGAAGUUGGCUCUGUCCAGCGCCUGCAGAACACCCCUGCCGAAAUCGCUCGCCUGCAGCUCACUCGUCUGGCCAAGACCCUGCACAUCACAUGCAUGUACGUCGAUCCCUCUUACAACGAGGCUCGUCUCCAGGCCAGGCAAACUGCGCUUGCCCGUGCCGAGGCUGGUGCCGCCAAGGAGCACGAGGAGACUCUCGCUCGUCGUGUCGUCAUUGAGAAGAAGAAAGAAGCCGCUACCGACGCUCUGCAGCGCAAGCAGAGGGAGGAGGAAACUCGCAAACGUCUUCGCACCCAACAGCUCCAGGAAGCUGAGAAGCAGCGUCUGCUGGACGAGCACCGUGAGCGCGAGAAGAAGCGCAUGAAGGAUGAGCAGGACCGUAUUCGCCAGCAGGAACUCAAGAAGCAGCUGGAGGAGCUCAAGAGCGGCGUUAAGGGCAUUGAUAUUAGCGAGCUCGACUUGGAAGAUCUCGAUGCCAACCGUCUUCGUGCCAUGAAGCUCGCUCAGCUGGAGAAGGAGAAGAAUGAUCUGAACGACCGCAUUCGCGCUACUGCUAAGCGUAUUGACCACUUGGAGCGUGCUUUCCGCCGCGAGGAGCUUAAGCAUGUCGCUGAGGACUACGAGACUCAGAAGAACCAGGACAUGGAGAUCUUUGAGGCCCAGAAAUCCGAGACUCUUGCUGAGGCCGAGGCUAAGCACAAGGAGGCUGUUGCUCUUAAGCACCGUCUCAGUCGCUUGGUGCCUCAGUUCAACAGCUUCCGCAAGGAGGUCUCCGAGAAGCGUCACGAAGAGUUCGAGAGACGCCGCAAGGCUGCUGAGCGUGACUUUGAGGCUAAGAAGAAGCAGCGCAUUAAGGAAGUUCAGGAGCGGAGGCGCCGUGAGAAAGCUGAGCGCGAGCAAGCUGAGCGCAUCAGGAAGGAGGAAGAAGAGCGCGAGAGACGUGAGGAGGAAGAAAGGGUCGCUAGGGAAGAGGAGCGCCGACGCGUUCUCGCCGAGGAGAAGACUAAGCGCGAGGAAGAGAGAAAGAAACUGGAUGAGAUUGCUGCCAGACAGAAGCAACGUGAGGAGGAAGCUGAGGCCCGCCGUCUCACCAAGCGUACUGGGGCCCCAGAGCCUACUCCUGCUCCUGCUCCUGCUCCUGCUCCUGCUCGCGCAGAGCCCGAACGCACCGCUCCCCGCCUCAAUCUGGCUCCUCGCUCUGGUGGUGGUCUCAGCUGGAGAGAGCGUGAAGCCGCUAAGGCGGCCGCCGGUACCACCGAUACCCCCAAGGAAGAGCCCCAGACUGCUCCUCAGGCUGCUGCCCCCCGCAGGACUGGUGGUAGCUAUGUGCCUCCUCACCGUUCUGGUUCAGGUGCUUCCCCCGCUGCUGCUCCCUCCAACGGCCCCUCUGAGCGCUACGUUUCCCGCCAAAUGCGCGACUCUGGCGCGUCCCAACCACCUUCCCGCACACAACCCUCUCAGUCCACCUCCGACAAGCCCGAAGAAGCCAAGAGCUCUGGCAAGUGGGUACCCAGAUGGAAGCAACAGCAGAGCCAGUAA